UUUUUUUCAAUUAACUAUUUUCCUAUUCUGUCCACAGAAGGACUUUCCCUCAAGCACCUCUCUUCUUCUUCCUUCUUCAACUCACACACCACAUAAAUCUUUUGGAAAGAUCGAUCCUUGUUCUAAGCUAGCUUUUCCUUCACUUCUACCUUAUCAAAAUCAUCUCAAUCCGGCUGAAAUUUGCUUUGCUGCUUGCAAAGAUCUUUGUGUAAAAAAACUGAUGAACUGAGUUCAUAUAACCGAAAUAUCUAAAGAGAGAUGGGAUACAUGUGUGAUUUCUGUGGGGAGCAAAAGUCUAUGGUAUAUUGUAAGUCAGAUACAGCUAGCUUAUGUUUAUCGUGUGAUCGGAAUAUUCAUGCUGCGAAUGCCCUUUCGCGUCGUCACUCGAGGACACUUUUGUGUGACAAAUGCAAUUCGCAGCCUGCAUUUGUUAGGUGUAUUGAACAGGGGGUUUCCCUUUGUCAGAAUUGUGACUUGAUUGAACAUUCUGGUUUAAUAACUGCGCCUUCUGCUAGUAGAAGGCAAGCGAUUAACUCUUAUUCAGGUUGUCCUUCGUCGUCGGAGUUGUGUUCAAUCUGGCCUUUUGUACAAGAUCUACCGUAUGGAAACAAUUCUACUUGUGUGAAGGAACUGAGUUCAAUGAGCCUAACUGAGAAUGGCAUGACUACCUGCAAUGAUCUCAAUCGGCUCAAUGCUUCUGGACUUGUUGAUGUAAAUGAUGGAGAUCGUUCCGAUAAAUUGAAUAGUUGGAUAGGAUCCUCUUCUCUUCAUCUACCAAGCAAUAAUCUACAAGAUGAUGCAGAACAUCUUAUUUCAAAUCCAAUUUCAUCCAAGAUAUAUUCUGGAACUAAAGCACCUGCUUUAAGUGGAGAUGAUAAGUUCUAUGAUUUCAAUAUUGAUGAAAUUGACUUGUCCAUUGAAGACUACGAUGAACUUUUUGCUACUCCCUAUGAUAAUCCUGGAAUGUCCAGCUUCUUUAACAUGGAUAUGUCUGCUGACUUGAACUCUCAAGGUCAUUAUCUCGCUGAGGGAUCAUAUGCAGCCUCUGCAGAUUCUGUGAUGAGCUCUAAAACGGAGCCAGUUAACUGUUUUGGCAAACAAGCCCAUUCUAACAUUUCCUUUUCUGGUCUUACUGGAGAGAGUACUGCUGGUGAUUAUCAGGACUGUGGUGCUUCGUCGAUUCUUCCCAUGGGAGGGCCUCCAUGGUUUCCUCCAUGUCCUGAAAGUUCUGUACCUUCUGCCGAUAGGACUAAUGCUGUUAUUCGUUACAAGGAAAAGAAGAAAAUGCGCAAGUUUGACAAGAGGGUAAGAUAUGCCUCUCGUAAGGCGAGAGCUGAUGUAAGGAAACGCGUGAAGGGGAGGUUUGUGAAGUCUGGGGAUGUUUACGAUUACGAUCCCUUGAUCCACACAAGAAGCUUUUGAGUGGAGAUUAAUGUAAGUAAACACAGAAAUCUGAGAGAUGAGGAGUUUUUGCUAUAUUAUUCCUCUUGCCAUGGCUCCUAUUUUUGUUGAUCUAUCAGUGAAUGUUAUCUAGAGAAACUGGAGACCGAAUACCACGACAACAGACUCUCAGCAUUCUUGUUUGUCUUUUCAGCCAAAAGUAAGUUUGGCGCGAUCAAUCUAUGUAAAAAAAAAGAAAAAUGGCAAAAAAUCGAUGGCUUCAUGACUUUACAAUGAUCUUUGCCCAUGUAAUGUAAUGUAGUAUGUUGUAUUCUAUAGUUGCGAUAUUAUUUGUUCUUGUUUUUGUCUCGGCACCUUGCCUAUCAUGAAGCCUAGAUGGUGCCGGUUUGUCGAAAUUCAUUUGCCAGGUUAGGUCGAGAAUUAUUGUCCUUUUUCUUAAGAUUAUUAUGAUUAUAUAUAUAUAAUUAUACUGUGUUUGUAAUAUGGUAGAUGACAUUAAGUCCAGAUUCUCUGUAUUAUUAUUAUGAGUAAGUUAACUACUAGCAUGAAAUGUUAUUAUUAUCCAAGAGAAUGACUUUUGUCAAUU